AUGCCAGCGUCGACUCUGCCGAGAUUGCAAGAAUGUGUGCUGAUGGAAAUCACCGAGCCAGGAUUCACCGACAACAACACACAUGGUCGAAAUAUGAAUCUCGAUCUUGGUUCGCUCCGCAGCGUUGUCGCUGCCGCCGAACACGGAAGCUUCCGACAAGCUGCGGCUGCUCUCAACCUCAAACAAUCGGCAUUGAGUCGUCGUGUUCGCCACCUUGAAGAUCAAGUGGGCGUUUCGCUGUUCGAGCGCUCCAGUGGAGGAGUGCGCCUUACCCCGGCUGGCGCGAGCAUGGCACAAGCGGCCCGCCGUCUGUUCGAAGAAAUAGACGACAUGAUCAAGGCUUCGCAGUUGGCCGAUCGUGGGGAAGCCGGUGUCCUCAAAGUAGGAUUCGGGACGGCCGUAUCGACCAGCAAGGUACGUACCCUCAUAGCAGAUCACAUUGGGUCAUUUCCCGAAGUCGCCAUACAGGUUGCCGAACGAUCUGCGGCACAGCUGAUAACAGCCCUCGCGACGGGAGAUGUGGACCUCGCCAUCAUUGCAGGCGAGGCACGCCAACACAGCGGACCUUCGAUAUCCUUGUGGUCGGAGCGCAUUGUUGCGGCUCUGUCUUCGCGGCACCCGCUCUCAAACAGCGAGGUCAUCGAUUGGAGUGAUCUGAAGGACGAGACAUUUCUUCUCAGCCAAUGGGAUCCGGGUCUUGAUCUUCGUAACCUGAUCCUCAAGAAACUCGCGGCGCCGGGUGAUACCCCCAAGAUUGAGACCUGGGACACCAGCAAUGAGAAGGUCCUCGGGAUGGUCGAGGCAGGACUUCAUGUCAGCGUUCAUUUCGAGUCAUGGACCAGUCUUACCUAUACCGGCGUCCGCUUUCGCGAAAUUCGCG